AUGGCCCCCCUCACGAUGCUGCUGUCUCUGCUGCUACUUCUGCAGCUCCUCACCGCCACAGCCACUACCACUGCUGCAGCCAAUGCCACAGCCUCGGUCCUCCUCUCCCCGGACCACAAGACGGUGUACACCUACCACGCGCCCCACCUUUACAGCCGUCCUUUAUCCCCAUUCAACACAUCCAACUUCAACGACAACACCACCCUCCUCCCCCCACCACCAACAGACGCGGCACUGCACCCAAUCCUCGCGCGCAACAACGAGAGCAUCUACCUAAUCGGCGGCUCGCAGAACCUGAUGGGCUAUGCAUACCCACUAUCCUCGCCCACAUCUCACUGGGAGCCCGCCGGCCGCUGGCUCCGCAAAUCCAUCAAAUCCAUCGGUGGCGCCGCUGCUGCUGCCGCGCUGCCCGAUCCCGCCGGCGGGAAACUCCUCCUGCUCGGCCAAGAGGUCAUCGUGCUCGUGGACCUCAUCGCAGCAAAAGUGCGCGCGUUCGAAGUGCCGGGGCUGCUAAACACCACCACCGGCGGCGGUGCUGCAGCUCUGACACUACUUGACACGCAGAAAAUCCUCGCGGUCUCCAACACCACGACGGGCGUGCUAGAUCUCAGCGGGAUGAGCUACACCUCCCUCGGCGCGGGGGUGCCGGACGUCGUAGCUGUAGUCGCAGCCGACGACGGGACGAUCAUCUCCCUCGACGCUGCCGGCGUAGCCGCGACAGCGGACUCCAAGUCCCUAGAGUUCACCCCGCGCGCAGAGACGCACGGCCAGCAGUGGCGCAUCACGGCCGCGACCCUGCUGCCCGGCGACGUUAUCCUGGCCGUGGGCGGUAGUCCCGCAGAAGUAGCGCUGUACGCCGUUGCGCAGCGGCGGUGGGUGGACUCGUACCCGCCGCCGCCGCCGCCGGAGCCGGUGGUGGCUUCGCCAAAGCGCCGGCGGCGUGCGUGGUCGGCGGGUGCGAAGGCGGCGGUGGGGUGUGGUGUCGGCGUCGCGGCGGUGGCCGCGCUGGUCGGCGCGUAUGUGCUUGUUAAGCGGUGGAGGAGGAGGGGGGUACUGGGGGGCGUGGAUGCGGCGGAGACGGGCGCGGAUGUGGAGAUCCCGGCGACGCCGAGGGUGGUGCCCCUGCGCGAUGCGGAGGUGGAUGUGAGUGCCGACGGGGUGUCGUCGUUGGAUUUGGAUGAGUGCGGACAGGGUAAGACGGCGGAGAUGGGGACGGUGUGUACCGGCCUAGUCAGGGUGGUGGAGCUGGACGAGGAUGGGAGGAGUGUUAAGGUUAAGGCGGACGACGAGGACGACGAGGAUGCGGAUGUGGAUUCGGUCGGAUGGGAAACGGCGGAUGAGGAGAUGGAUGGAUAUGGGAAGGUGGCGAAGAAGUGUCAAUCCGUCUAG